GAGACAGCAACUCCUUUAAAAAGCAUGUCUGGUCGCGGCAAGCAAGGGGGCAAGGCGAGAGCCAAGGCCAAGUCUCGUUCUUCCCGUGCCGGACUCCAGUUCCCGGUCGGUCGUGUCCACCGCCUGCUGCGCAAAGGGAACUACGCCGAGCGGGUGGGCGCCGGCGCUCCCGUCUACCUGGCGGCGGUGCUGGAAUAUCUCACGGCGGAAAUCCUGGAGUUGGCCGGCAACGCUGCUCGGGAUAACAAGAAGACCCGCAUCAUCCCCCGUCACCUGCAGCUCGCCAUUCGCAAUGACGAAGAGCUCAACAAACUCCUGGGGAAAGUGACCAUCGCCCAAGGGGGCGUGUUGCCCAAUAUCCAAGCGGUCCUUUUGCCCAAGAAGACGGAAAGCCAUAAAGGCAAGUGACCAGCUGUUGCCCCGCCGGGCAAGGGCUUCGGAGCUCAACCCAAAGGCUCUUAUUAGAGCCACCUACAUCCUCUAAGAAAGAGUUGGCCGUCUCUUCCUCUCCUA